AUGUUUGACCGUGUGACUGUGAAAGGAGGGAUACAAAGUUAUAGACCUGUCAGAAAUACUCCUGGUGGAGGUAAUUCGGGACCAACAUCUAACACGUCCGUGAUCUUUGCGAGCCGUGUGACAUCAGAGCGGUCACUCGCUGCAACAUCUGCCUGGCUAAACAGGAAUCUGCCUCAAGCCGAGAAGAAGAGAAGCAAAAGAUCAUUCUCAACCAAGACCAGUGUUUCCAAAAAGUGCAUGGUUGACCACGACAACAGCACUGGUUUCAUCUACAACGGAGUUGAACGUUCCUACCUCGCCUCUUAUGAUCGUUGGGUUGAUGGCUAUAUCGAAUUUUACGUUAGAGUAGACCGUUUGUGCGGUUCCGACGCAGGACUCGUUGUCCAAGCGGAGGACGGAAUCCUUAACUUCCAGACCCCGUGUUGUGCCACGAAAUGUGAUUUUGUGAUGGAAAUUCUAUCUCCUCCUGGAAAAGACAUGUUAAUCGAAUUUCUUGAAUUCAAUAUACCAUCCACUUCUCUCGUCGAGGCAGAUGGGACUCUUAAUUGCAAAGAUGCUUUCGUGUCUUUUCCUAACGAGCUGUUAGAGUUCUGCGGUGAUAUGACGCCCAAACCUUUUCGAGCAGUCCCUUCCAAUGGGCGCUCGGUGGAGAUAAAAGUUCAGACUGGCACACGUCUCUGGUGCGACGACAACUUGUCUUUCUCGCUGAAAUAUCGAACGUGUGAGCCCAUGAGGCAGGGGGUAGAGGCAGACAAGUGCUGGUCUCAACAUACAGUUUUCCAAGAAGUUCAGACUGGGUUCAUCACAUCUCGAGGAUACAGGGACGAUGGAAGUGCUGGCGCUGCGUGUGAAUGGCAGAUCCAGGUGUCAAACGACAGUAUUCUUCAGUUGUCAUUUGACGUGGAUCAAGAUGGUAGCAGUAUACAAUCCUUAACGAUUUCAACAACGGGACGGCGCUCUGACAUAGAGGGGAGCGACAGUUUGGAAGUAGUUUUUCCUUGGGACGAGCGUCGUGUACAGAAUGGACAUCUCCUUACCCUUCCCAGCAACAGUGCGAGAGUUGUGUUUCGUUCAGACAUUGGAAUUGCAACUGACCUCGGCUUCAAGAUAACAUACAAAGCUGUAAGUAAAGAUGCAUACAUCCCAAUACUGAAGGGAUUCACACUAAAUUGCACGGGAAACGAGCACUCAAUUCCACAAAGCAUGCUUUGUGACUACCAUGCCGACUGUGUGGGGAGGGAGGACGAGAGAAACUGCUCUUACGUCAAUGAGACUUCCUGUCCGGGAGGUUACGUCUUUGGCUCAAGCUGUUACUAUCUCCGGCGUGUAUCUAGGCGUCAGCGAAUGACGUGGCAGAAAGCAGAGGACCUGUGCGUGCAUGAGUAUAACGGCCAUUUAGUCACGCCAAACUCACAAGAAGAGCUGGCUAUGCUUUCGGAAUUGGUUGCUGCGAACUUCUCCUUUUGGAGAGCCUGGUAUCUAGGCAUCCGUCAGAUCACCUUAGAUGAGGAUCCUGUGUACGGCAAACUGUACCAGGGAGUGGAUGGAACCACCAUCUUUAAUGGGUUCAACAAGCACUUUGGCUCAGAUGUCCCUGUAUGCACUGUGUGGGAUUUCACCAAAAACCAAAGGGAAAUGUUCAACAUGCCGUGCAACUCAAUUUGGCUAGGAAUCUCCUUCUUCGGCCAUUCGUUCUCUAUAGAGAAAGUCCAUAUCGUUUGUGAGGUGAAGAACAAUAUACAGGAAACACAUCCCAUAGCAUCACCAUCGAGUUCAGUCUGGACAGACAAGAUUGAAACGUUUCAAUGCGUGAGAAGUGAGGAAAGAAUAUUUUUAUCCAGACAAUGCGACAGGAUUGUUGACUGUUUUGACGGAAGUGACGAAGAGGACUGUCCUGAUCAGACUGAAGCGCCACCUGGCUAUUUUAGCUGCAAGUCAGGAAGUCUUCUCUGGUACUCGCACGUCUGUGACGGAAUCAAGGACUGCCCGGAGGAAUCUGACGAGGAGUUCUGUCUCCCCGUGCCGGAUGACGAUCCCAGCAUGGCGGUGUGCACCAAUGGAAUACCGGUGCCGUCAUCGGCUUGGUGUGACGCGAGAUUCGACUGUCUGGACGGUUCUGACGAACAGUUCUGCCGAUCCUGCCAGGGCGGGGCAGUCCUGUGUCCGUCUGUAGGGUGCAUGCCGCCUCACUGGGUCGAUGAUGACGCUCUAGACUGCCCCAUCAAGGACACGAAGGGUCGGUGGAUCGCAGAGCCCAGGUUUAUCCAGCACACAACUCCCGUACAGCCGCCGCCUGGUGUUGUCCAGCCUGACGGUUACGGGAAAGUGACCAUCCAGUCGUUGAGUGAUAGACAACCGUGUCCGCCAACUCACGCCCAGUGCCCCAACGGUUACUGUAUCCCUAUCUACAUGUUGUGUAACGGCCACAAAGAUUGCCCAGAGGGAGAAGACGAGCUGACUGAGACAUGCCAGUCUUUCUGUAAAGGUCGCUACAAAUGCCACAAGACGUCCAUCUGUUUACCCGACGUAUACGUGUGUGAUGGGUGGUUCCACUGUCCAUUUCAAGACGACGAGGCUUUUUGUGGUAACAACGAUACAUGUCCCCACGGCUGUAUGUGCUCAGGGAAAGAAAUGAACUGCCACACAGUUUCUCCAUUCCCUGAUAUAGGUCGUGUGAAACGACUGAAUAUCUCUAACACCGUUGUGCAUGACAUCUCUGUCAUCAACCCAAACCACCACCUAAUCGCUUUAAUUGCUCGGAACUGCCAUCUACACCAGCUGGUAAGACUAAAUAUGGUAAACCUAUACAUGUUAGACUUAAGCGAUAAUCUCUUGGAGCUUAUAGAUUUGCAAACGUUUGAAAAGGCCUCCAACCUACGACAGCUAUCUCUGGCUAGAAAUAACUUAGCUGAAGUGGAUUUACAAUCUGUCAGAUUGUUGGUAAAUCUGGAGAAGCUGGAUGUUUCUGGAAACCCUUUUGUGAGAUUACGAUCGUCUUUUUUAACGGGCUGCCAGAAACUGAAAGUGUUACUCCUGGAGGAUAUGGGCAUCACAAACGUAGACUUGGCAGCGUUUGCUGGACUCUCGGAGCUACAGGAGCUGUCUAUGAGAGGAAACCCCAUCGUGAAAUUCGAGGAAACUAUCUUGUCCAGUCUGCCUCGUCUGUCUCUGCUGGAAACUGACAACUAUAGGCUUUGUUGUGCCAGCAUCAUCCCAGACUCGCUGUCCUUGGGAACGUGUGAAGCUCCAACAGAUGAGAUCUCUUCUUGUGAGGACAUCCUCCGCACGCCCUUCUUCCGAGCAUUCCUGUGGCUCAUGGCAAGUUUGACAGUCUGUGGGAACAGCGCUGUUCUCGUCUACAAGUUCUGUGUAGAACAUAGGCCCUCCCAUUUGGGCUACAACACGUUCAUCACCAGCCUCAGUGCCUCCGAUCUUCUCAUGGGCAUUUACUUAGCCAUCGUGGGAACAGCCGACCACCUGUUCAGAGGCCGCUACUUGGUGGAAGCAGACAACUGGAAAAACUCCAGCUACUGUUCCUUAGCCGGAUUUCUUUGCUUAAUGUCCAGCGAGAUUUCGGCCAUCACAAUCUGUCUGGUCACUCUGGACCGCUACUUAGCCCUGGCGUUCCCACUGACCAAUGUCAACAUGACCCAAAAGAAGGCUCGGCUGGUCGUGAUGGUCACCUGGAUGACCGGUUUUAUGUGUGCUGGCGUGCCUCUAUUACCCCCAUUGUCUCACUGGGACUUCUACUCCCAGAAUGCCGUAUGUGUUCCUCUGCCCAUCACCCGCGCCAGUUUCCCCGGCACAGACUACGCCUUUGCUGUCUUCAUCGUCUUCAACUUGGUCAUGUUUCUCAGCAUCGCUCUUGGCCAGGUGCUCAUUUUCCGGGCGGUUAGAGCCAGCAGUCAGAAGUUCAAGAACUCUCUAUCUGGCCGAAGAGAACAAGACGCUGCCAUCGCUAAGAAACUGGCUCUGGUUGUCGUAACGGAUUUCCUAUGCUGGUUUCCAAUUGGAGUCAUGGGUCUCCUGUCCAAGGUAGGAGUUCCAAUUCCAGGACAAGCGAAUGUGGUCUCUAUCAUCUUUAUCCUGCCGCUGAACUCAGCUCUUAACCCCUACCUGUACAGUGUGACGACCAUCAGACAGAAACUGAAAAAACGCAAGAAGGAACAGACGCGGAGAGGAAGCGGCCUCGGAACCACCACUACGAGCAAAGAUAGACGCACAACAGGAAGUUCUAGUCAGGGUACACAAUCCGAAUCUAGCAAAGUUAGAUCUUCUAUGACUCGUUCUCGGGAUACCGGUCCAAAUACCGCCUCGAAAUGUCUCGACAAGUUGCGAGUCUGUUUGAAGAGCGGGGAUAUCUCGGCUGCCACUGUGAAAAAGAUCCUAUUUCGAUUUCAAAUGAGCAGUACUCAAACUCUUCAGUAAUACCUUCAACAGGGAAGAAGACAAAUUUACUCUAGUGCUUGGAUUUUUAAAAAAGGAGCUGACACGCGAACAUAGUUAUGAGAAAAUGUCAAAUAUAUUCAUAAUAUUGUUUAAAUAAAAUAGUAGCAAAGAUAGUAAAUUCUUUUUCUUUUUUAAACAAUUUUAUUUGCGAAAAGAAAUGCCUUCAAAACGAUUUAUUAUCCCUGACGGCUACCUCUUAUCGAGAAGAAAACUGGUUGCCUUGGACAGGCAGAUGUCUUGCACGAUGUAA